CGAAUACUAUAAGAAUGGGGACCUGUCCUUUAAAUACGUGAAAACCUUCAACAUGGACAAGUACGUGGGCCUUCCUCGAGAACAUCCAGAGAGCUACCAUUCCUUCAUGCGGAACAAUUUCUUCAAGCACAUUGACAUCCACCCUGAAAACACCCACAUUCUGGAUGGGAAUGCGGCUGACCUGCAGGCUGAGUGCGAUGCCUUUGAGGAGAAGAUCCAGGCUGCAGGCAAGAUUGAACUCUUUGUUGGAGGCAUUGGCCCCCAUGGACACAUUGCCUUCAAUGAGCCGGGCUCCACUCUGGUGUCCAGGACCUGGGUGAAGACUCUGGCCAUGGACACCAUCCUGGCCAACGCUAGGUUCUUUGAUGGAGAUCUCGCCAAGGUGCCUGCCAUGGCCCUAACCGUGGGUGUAGGCACUGUCAUGGAUGCUAAAGAGGUGAUGAUCCUCAUCACAGGUGCUCACAAGGCUUUCGCUCUGUACAAAGCCAUGGAGGAGGGCGUGAACCAUAUGUGGACUGUGUCGGCCUUCCAGCAGCAUCCCCGAACCGUGUUUGUAUGUGACAAGGAUGCCACCCUGGAGCUCAAAGUGAGGACAGUCAAGUAUUUCAAAGGUUUAAUGCUCGUUCACAACAAGUUGGUGGACGCCCUGUACAGUAUCAAGGAGAAGGAAAUUUAGAAAAGCCAGUCUGCUAAGAAGCCAUACAGUGACUAGCCUGUGCUGGGCGUGGCACUGAGUACCUCAGAGGGA